GUAACCUUGCACAGUACUAAAUCGAACUGCACCGAUCGCGGAUCCCCAGUCACGCUCGUCGUCAAUUGGUCCAUUUUUUUGCACUCGUAUCUAGUCGAUUUUUCCCCAAGAGAAGAUCUUUUAGUGAGUGUUUGUGUUCUGGUGAAUGGAUGUUUCGGUUAAGUUGCGUUAAGCGCGUUAAGUUGAGUGAAUCCGGCGGGAAAAUGCAGAACUUAGUGCGUCUAACGCUGAUCGCGGCGUGUCUCUGCGCCGCUACCGGCACCCCGCUCCCCGCGCCAGCCCCCGCCGCCAGACGUGCUGACCACAGUGACCAAAGUGAGGCAUACGCUGCAUCAGAAGAUCACCUAUUCAACGACGAGGGUUUCCCUUUGCGAGCCAGCGCUCGGAUCGGAGAUGCCGGCUCGAACCCUGAUUCAGAGACGCGAGGAUUCGCAGGGCAUCGCGGGCAAUACAAGGGGUAUCGCAGACCCGCCUCGCCUGUCCCUGCAGAGCUCCGUGCCGGCGACCAACCUCCUUUCAAUGAUCCAUUCUCUGGUUUCUUCUUCGACAUGCAAGACAUGAUGAAAAUCCUGCGUGAUCAAAUGUCGGUUGUUCUGUCACGAGUUCCACCGAAAUCGAUGAGUGGUGACGAUGGCCCGUUGAGUUUCGUCCCCUCCGAUGUGAGGAAUCAGACGACGACCAAAGUAGAUUUCGUGGACGGGCACAAAGUUGUGAUCAACGACACGACAUACUCGAACGGGGACACCAACAGCGGCUCCAUCUUCCACGUCCAGAUCGUGGACCUCCUGCCGCUGGGCGAGGACGGGGAAGGUCCCUCCGUUGGGGCUCCGAGCCCUAAGCAACCGGCGAGUCCUCAGCGACCCAACGAGCUGGACUCCAACAACCGUGACGUGGAGGAACUCGAAGACGAUGACGACGAGAUCGGCGAGGACAUCGAUGAAGCCCCGAAGAAGGACGUCGCGAAGGAGAAGGGAAAGAAACCGGCAGUGGCUCCAAAGCCCAAGCCCGGAGACAAGGAGCAGGACACAGGGAGCAAAGGUCCUCGCGCCGAGAGCGGGAAGGGCAAAGAGAAGGACGUUGAAGAGGUGGAGGUUGUCGCCGAUGGGGUUGAGGAUGAACCAGAGGGCGAGGACAUCCCCGACCUGGAAGAGAGGAGCAAGCAACAAACCGAUUCACUUCUGAAAGCUGAGUCACGUUGGGAGAACGAAAUCGACAACCGCAUUGAUUCAUAUCAGCCGUAUACUGAUUAUCAGCCUUACUAUAACACAUACCGACCUACAGGUAAUUACUAUGAACCCCAACGGACGAGCCAACCAAUUUACAACCAUCAGCCAGGAUUCAAUGCUCACGGACCUCGAUACUUCACCAGCAGACCAGUUUACAACACAAAUUCGCCCAACUAUAAAAGCUACCAACAAGACUACAACAGCUACAGACCAAAUUACAACAGCUUCGAUUCAAACAACAACCAAUUUGUUGACCUCUCUGGCGACACCAAAGUCAACGACUUCAUGGCUGCUCAGCAACAGGCAGGACUUAUCAUGGCUGAUCCUGAUGCCGAAAUAAUCGAUAUUCAUAAGAGACCUGUUCCUAAGUUUCAGUACCCGCAAUACAAUUACCGAAAUUAUUGAAUAGUGACUCACAUUCGGAUGUAAGGGGGGGCGGGGAACCACAUGAUGUACUUACUGCUUUUGUAUAGGAGACUAACAAGCUGAAGGCUGUGAUAAAUUAUUUCUGUAAUAAUAAAUAGCUUAGUGUUCAUAA